AUGAGGAUUUCCAUCAGGUUCAAGGCUGCUAUCAUUUUGCUUUGCCAUCAAACCAGCAAACUCCUACAGGCCGCCGCCGCAGAGACCAAGGUGGCCGGGAGACUUGCUGCCUUCCUCAAGGACGCCUGGGCCAAAGAGCCGGUGCUGGUUGCGUCCUUCACCAUGCGGGGCCUCGCUGUGAUUCUGCCCAUCUUCAGUCCCUUCACCAAAUAUGCCACCAUGAUCAACCAGGCCACACCCCACAACUAUCCAGUGCCCCUCCGAGAUGAUGGGAACAUGCCCGACGUGCCCAGACACCCCCAGGACCCCCAGGGCCCCAGCCUGGAGUGGCUGAAGAAAUUGUGAGCACCUCUGGUGACAUGGAGGUGGCCUCUUCCCUGUAGUCAAUAAAAUGCAUAGAGUGACCCCAGA